AUGGGCAAGCGGCAGCCUGUGCUGCUGGCACUGGCAAUCCUGGCCUGUGGAUUGGUGGCCCUGAAUCAGGCGUUCGUUGCGGGCCCUGGCCAGCAGCCGGCAAUUCGUGGUCAGGAGGCUGCUUUGGCAGGUGCGGUGCUGGCUGCUCUGCCUGCCAGCCCUGCCCUGGCAACGGACCAGGCUUCGGACAGCUUCAGCAAGACUGAUGUGAUUGUGAUCUUGGUCCCCAUCGUCGUCACCUGGAUUGCCUUUCUGGACUGGGAUGCCAGGCAGCCUUCUGCUGAUGACGUGACCGGCGUUGGCUACCUGGGCCCGACUGUGGAUGGCCCAUCGCCGGACCAGCCUGCCUACUACCGCCGCAGCCCUGAGAACGGCUAA